AUGAAGUCGAUGCGCCCAGGGGAGGCCAACAAGCGAGGCAAUGUUGUCACGGCGCGAAUAGUCCCGCUCCUACUGCUUGGCAUCAUAGGCUACUCGUCCUGGGUGGUCACGGAUCGAGUCUGUCUCAAUUACCUGAUUAACCCACCGGCCUCGUCGUCCUCUCACCGUAACACCGGCGCGGCCGUCGCCGUCCUGGUCAUUUUCUACCUCCUCCUCCUCAUCACACUCGCAUGCUUCGGCCGCCUCAUCGGUACCGUCCUCACGAGACCGGGUCUCGUCCCGCGCGGCGAACAGUAUUGGAUCGAGAAGGAAAGGAAGCACCGCGACGAGAGCAGAAGAACAAGUGCGAGCGGCAAGGAAGAAGCCCUCACAGAUGGGGAAGGAGAAUCAUCAGGCUUCACGCCGGGCAAAUACCGUCGCAAGCAGGACCAAGAGGCCCAGGGUCGCUUCCACGCGGAAGAAUUCUGGCGGAAAGACGUCUUUGUGUGUGGCUGGGACGGCCGCCCCCCGUUCUGCUCGACAUGCUACAACUACAAGCCCGACCGGGCGCACCACUGCCGCGAACUCGGCCGCUGCGUGUUCAAGAUGGACCACUUCUGCCCCUGGGUAGGCGGCAUUAUCUCGGAGACGUCGUUCAAGUUCUUCAUCCAGUUUACGGGGUGGGCGGCCUUGUUCUGUCUGCACACGCUGGUCGUGAUGGCCUAUUACUUCGCGAGGCGGCGUGGCGAGGAAGGCCACUUCCUCAACGUGCACUGGCUGCUGACGCUCAUCUUUGCGGGCCUGUUCUUCAUCUUCUCCGCGGGCAUGUGCGGGUCGAGUCUGCAGUUCGCGGUGCUCAACUCGACCACGAUCGAAAACUUCACCCGCAAGACCAAGAUCUGGUAUCUCGCCGUGUACCUGCCGCCUCGCGUGCUGGAGCGGUACCAUGCCUCGGGCCGCUCGGACCUCAGACUCAUCAGCUACCCGCGCCCGCCGGAGGAGCAGUUCGAGAUCCUGCAGCGCCAUGGCGCCACAGUGUCCAACGAUAGCGACGAGACUUUCACUCGGCAGGGUUACGACGGGGUGGCCUCGCCACAGAGGACGUACCAUCCCGGCGUGUCUGCGCUGUCAGCCACAUCGCCAUCAGCAGUCUCGCCAACUCCCGUGGGAAAUGCGACCACCACAACAACCUCACCGCCUAAUUCAUCCUCAUCACGUCAAAAUCGCAAUUCUGGCAUCCCCUCGCACCAGCGCACCAAUAUGCCCUCAUCAAACCCCUCCUCGCCACGUACCUUCGCCAUCCUCGAAUCCCCGCCCGGCGCUAACCCCUUCGACAUCGGUCCAGCCGACAACUUUCAAGAAGUGAUGGGGUAUACCCUUCUGGAGUGGCUCCUUCCGCUCAAGCCAUCUCCGCUGGUCGACCACUCCGACCCGCGGAGCAUGUACAAGCUCGGCCCCGAGGUGCGGAGGAUGAAGAGCAAGGCCGGGAUUUUAGGUAUCGGAGGCGGGGACGAAGAUGAAGACGUGAUUGCGAAUGCGAAUGACCGUGACAGGACGGGGGAGAGGCAGGGCGAGGUCACGCGGGAGAAGCGCAGUCGGACUCAGUCUCACAGCCGAUGUCGAAGUCGAAGUCCUAGUACUCGUCCUCGUCCUCGUAGACGGGAAAGCGAGUCCAGAAGCGGGGACGAGGAGAUGACAGCGAUAGGGAGGCGGAAGAAGAAGCGGAAGAGACAGAAGUAG